AUGAGCAACAAACAAUCGGUCAAAUAUAGCUCCCCUACAAAAAAUCAACAAAGUUAUAGAGCAGGUUCACCUCAAAUACCCACAAUAAAUACAUCAAGAGAAACACUCACAAGAAGGAUAUGGAUAAGGAGACAUGAAGGGAAUCCAACUUCAUUAUAUGUCAAAGAAACAGAUCUUGUUGAUGAUUUGAAAUCUAUGAUUAUGCAAAAAUUUCCACAUACUAUAGCUAAAGCAUGCGAUCCAGCUGAUUUGGUUAUAAAGCUUGAACCCUCAAUAAUGAAUUCGCCAAACUUCUUAUUAUCACCAACAAAUCAAAAAUUUUUUCCUGCUCCUACAAGUUCGGGUGGUAAUAGCAGUUCUGGUGGAUUUUCACCAUCUUUUAAUUCACCAAUAUCACCAAUUCCUGUAUCUGCAACUAAACAUUCAUCAUUAAUAUCACAAAAACCUUUGAAUGAUUUUUCAAAUUUAUCAAUCAAAAGUAAUUCACCUGCUUUUACUUAUUUGGAAGCUGACAAAUCCAUAUGGACAAUUUUAGAUCAAUAUUAUCCAAAUGGUAUGACUAUGGAAAAUGCAUUCAUUAUUGAAAUACCGAAUCAUUUGUUAGAUGCUGAAAAUAAUAAUCAUGACUUUAGAGCAGGAUCUUCAAGAAGGGGGGCUUCACAUGGAACAAUAACGGAAGAGAAGGAAGAUGAAGAUCUGGCAUUUUUACAGUCUUCAAGAAGAAUGAACUCACUACCAACAUCUCAUUCGCCAUUUAGUCUUAGAGCAACACCAACCUCAUAUCAUAGAAGGUCACAAUCAAACCCUGCUGAUCAUAGCUCAGCUGUACUAUUAUUACCUAAAGAUUUUUCACAAAUGAAUGAAACUUUAAGAAGACAGCAUAAUGAGUCUGCCAGUUCAAGACCUGAAUCGGUUCGUUCAUUAGAUAGAACAAUAUCGCCAUCAACAAGUGAACAAACUUUAACCAACAACUUGAACCAACAAUUACAAAACCAUCAAAAUCAACAACUACAUCAUCCGCUUCCACAUCAACCUGUUGCCUUACCACCAAAUUCUCAAAUUCAAAUGAAUCAUUCAGCAGCAGCUGCCCCAAUUGGAUUUCAAAGAGCAGAAUCAGCAAAUUCAAUGAAGAAAAAAGAUGAAAACAGUACUAUGGCAAAAGUUUUACCUAGUGUUAAUGUUUUAAUUGUGGAAGAUAACUUGAUUAACUUGAGAAUUUUAUCAGCACAUUUAAGAAGACAUAAAAUUCAUUAUGAUAUUGCCAAAAAUGGUCAAGAAGCCAUUGAUAAAUGGAGAACAGGUGGGUUUCAUUUGGUUCUUAUGGAUAUUCAAUUACCUGUCAUGUCAGGUCUUGGUGCUUCAAAAGAGAUUCGUCGUUUAGAAAAAAUCAACAGAAUUGGUGUUUUUGCUAAUUCUGAUUUGCAAAAUUUAGAACCUAAAAGACCUGAAGAUCAAUUAGAUUUGAAUGUUUUCAGAUCACCUGUGAUUAUUGUUGCAUUGACUGCCAGUACCAUGAAACAAGAUAAACAAGAAGCUUUAGCUGCAGGUUGUAAUGAUUAUUUGACAAAACCUGUUAAUUUGGAUUGGUUAUUGAAUAAAAUCACUGAAUGGGGUUGUAUGCAAGCUUUGAUUGAUUUUGAUGGUUGGAAAUCUGGUGAAAGAAUGACAAAUAUCUCAGCGGCUAUCCCAAACUUAACAAGAAAAAGAUCAUCAAGCAGGAGAAUUCACUCACAUGAAGUUCCAACUUUUAAUUGA